AUGGACGUGGACGUGGACGUGGACGUAAACAUGGACGUGGAGGACGUAGACGUGGUCAUGGACGUGGACGUGGACAGGGACGUGGACGUGGAGGUGGACGUGGACAUGGACGUGGACGUGGACGUGGAGGUGGACGUGGAGGUGGACAUGGACGUGGACAUGGACGUGGACAUGGACGUGGACAUGGACAUGGACGUGGACGUAGAAAUGGACGUGGACGUGGACGUGGACAUAGACGUGGACGUAGAUGUGGACGUGGCCGUAGACGUAGACGUGGACGUGGACGUGGACGUAGAAAUGGACGUGGACGUGGACGUGGACGUGGACAUGGACGUGGACAUGGACGUGGACGUGGACGUGGACGUAGAAAUGCACGUGGACGUGGACGUGGACAUGGACGUGGACGUAGACGUGGACGUGGACGUAGAAAUGGACGUGGACGUGGACAUGGAGGUGGACGUGGACGUGGACGUGGACAUGGACGUGGACGUGGACGUGGACGUAGACGUGGACGUGGACAUGGACGUGGACUUGGACCUGGACGUGGACAUGGACGUGGACAUGGACGUGGACGUGGACGUGGACGUGGACGUGGACGUGGACGUGGACAUGGACGUGGACGUGGACAUGGACGUGGACGUGGACAUGGACGUGGACAUGGACGUGGACAUGGACGUGGACGUGGACAUGGACGUGGACGUGGACAUGGACGUGGACGUGGACGUGGACGUGGACGUGGACAUGGACGUGGACAUGGACGUGGACUUGGACGUGGACGUGGACAUGGACGUGGACGUGGACAUGGACGAAGACGUGGACGUGGACGUGGACGUGGACGUGGACAUGGACGUGGACGUGGACGUGGACAUGGACGUGGACGUGGACAUGGACGUGGACGUGGACGUGGACGUGGACAUGGACGUGGACGUGGACAUGGACGUGGACGUGGACGUGGACGUGGACGUGGACGUAGACAUGGACGUGGACGUGGACGUGGACGUGGACCUGGACGUGGACGUGGACGUGGACGUGGACGUGGACGUGGACCUGGACGUGGACGUGGACGUGGACGUGGACGUGGACGUGGACAUGGACGUGGACGUGGACCUGGACGUGGACGUGGACGUGGACGUGGACGUGGACGUGGACGUGGACGUGGACGUGGACGUAGAAAUGGACGUGGACGUGGACGUGGACAUGGACGUGGAUGUGGACGUAGAAAUGGACGUGGACGUGGACGUGGACGUGGACAUGGACAUGGACGUGGACGUAGACGUGGACGUGGACGUGGACGUGGACCUGGACAUGGACGUGGACGUGGACGUGGACGUGGACGUGGACCUGGAAAUGGACGUGGACGUGGACGUGGACGUGGAGGUGGACGUGGACAUGGACAAGGACGUAGAAAUGGACGUGGACGUGGACGUGCACAUGGACGUGGACGUGGACGUGGACAUGGACGUGGACGUGGACAUGGACGUGGACGUAGAAAUGGACAUGGACGUGGACGUGGACAUGGACGUGGACGUAGACGUGGACGUGGACGUGGACGUAGACGUGGACGUGGACAUGGACGUGGACUUGGACGUGGACGUGGACAUGGACGUGGACAUGGACGUAGACGUGGACGUGGACGUGGACAUGGACGUGGACGUGGACGUGGACAUGGACAUAGACGUGGACAUGGACGUGGACGUUGACAUGGACGUGGACAUGGACGUGGACAUGGACGUGGACGUGGACAUGGACGUGGACGUGGACAUGGACGUGGACGUAGAAAUGGACGUGGACGUGGACGUAGACAUGGACGUAGGCAUGGACGUGGACGUAGAAAUGGACGUGGACGUGGACGUGGACGUGGACGUGGACGUAGACAUGGACGUGGACGUGGACGUGGACCUGGACGAGGACGUGGACGUGGACGUGGACGUGGACAUGGACGUGGACGUGGACGUGGACAUGGACGUGGACGUGGACGUGGACGUGGACGUGGACGUGGACGUGGACGUGGACGUGGACAUGGACGUGGACGUGGACGUGGACAUGGACGUGGACGUGGACGUGGACGUGGACAUGGACGUGGACGUGGACGUGGACGUAGAAAUGGACGUGGACGUGGACAUGGACGUGGACGUGGACGUGGACGUAGAAAUGGACGUGGACAUGGACGUGGACGUGGACGUGGACGUGGACAUGGACGUGGACGUAGAUGUGGACGUGGACGUGGACGUGGAUGUGGACGUGGACCUGGACAUGGACGUGGACGUGGACGUGGACGUGGACGUGGACGUGGACAUGGACGUGGACAUGGACGUGGACGUGGACGUGGACGUGGACGUGGACGUGGACAUGGACGUGGACGUGGACGUGGACAUGGACGUGGACGUGGACGUGGACGUGGACGUGGACGUGGAGGUGGACGUGGACAUGGACAAGGACGUAGAAAUGGACGUGGACGUGGACGUGCACAUGGACGUGGACGUGGACAUGGACGUGGACGUGGACAUGGACGUGGACGUAGAUGUGGACGUGGACGUGGACGUAGACGUGGACGUGGACGUGGACGUAGACGUGGACGUGGACGUGGACGUGGACGUGGACAUGGACGUGGACAUGGACGUGGACGUGGACGUGGACAUGGACGUGGACAUGGACGUGGACAUGGACGUGGACAUGGACGUGGACGUGGACCUGGACGAGGACGUGGACGUGGACGUGGACGUGGACAUGGACAUGGACGUGGACGUGGACAUGGACGUGGACAUGGACGUGGACGUGGACAUGGACGUGGACAUGGACGUGGAUGUGGACGUGGACAUGGACGUGGACAUGGACAUGGACGUAGAAAUGGACGAGGACGUGGAUGUGGACGAGGACGUGGACGUGGACGUGGACGUGGACAUGGACGUGGACAUGGACGUGGACGUGGACCUGGACGAGGACGUGGACGUGGACGUGGACGUGGACAUGGACGUGGACGUGGACGUGGACAUGGACGUGGACGUGGACGUGGACGUGGACGUGGACGUGGACGUGGACGUGGACGUGGACAUGGACGUGGACGUGGACGUGGACAUGGACGUGGACGUGGACGUGGACGUGGACAUGGACGUGGACGUGGACGUGGACGUAGAAAUGGACGUGGACGUGGACAUGGACGUGGACGUGGACGUGGACGUAGAAAUGGACGUGGACAUGGACGUGGACGUGGACGUGGACGUGGACAUGGACGUGGACGUAGAUGUGGACGUGGACGUGGACGUGGAUGUGGACGUGGACCUGGACAUGGACGUGGACGUGGACGUGGACGUGGACGUGGACGUGGACAUGGACGUGGACAUGGACGUGGACGUGGACGUGGACGUGGACGUGGACGUGGACAUGGACGUGGACGUGGACGUGGACAUGGACGUGGACGUGGACGUGGACGUGGACGUGGACGUGGAGGUGGACGUGGACAUGGACAAGGACGUAGAAAUGGACGUGGACGUGGACGUGCACAUGGACGUGGACGUGGACAUGGACGUGGACGUGGACAUGGACGUGGACGUAGAAAUGGACGAGGACGUGGAUGUGGACGUGGACGUGGACGUAGACGUGGACGUGGACGUGGACGUAGACGUGGACGUGGACGUGGACGUGGACGUGGACAUGGACGUGGACAUGGACGUGGACGUGGACGUGGACGUAGACGUGGACGUGGACGUGGAGAUGGACGUGGACAUGGACAAGGACGUAGAAAUGGACGUGGACGUGGACGUGCACAUGGACGUGGACGUGGACGUGGACAUGGACGUGGACGUGGACAUGGACGUGGACGUAGAAGUGGACGUGGACAUGGACGUGGACGUAGACGUGGACGUGGACGUGGACGUAGACGUGGACGUGGACGUGGACGUGGACGUGGACGUGGACGUGGACGUGGACAUGGACGUGGACAUGGACGUGGACGUGGACGUGGACGUAGAAAUGGACGUGGACGUGGACGUGGACGUGGAAUUGGACAUGGACGUGGACGUGGACGUGGACGUAGAAAUGGACGUGGACGUGGACGUGGACAUGGACGUGGACGUAGACGUGGACGUGGACGUGGACGUAGAAAUGGACGUGGACGUGGACGUGGACGUGGACAUGGACAUGGACGUGGACGUGGACAUGGACGUGGUCAUGGAUAUGGAGGUGGACGUGGACGUGGACGUGGACGUGGACAUGGACGUGGACGUGGACGUGGACGUGGACGUGGACGUAGACGUGGACGUGGGCAUGGACGUGGAUUUGAACCAGGACGUGGACAUGGACGUGGACAUGGAGGUAGACGUGGACGUGGACAUGGACGUGGACUUGGACGUGGACGUGGACAUGGACGUGGACAUGGACGUAGACGUGGACGUGGACGUGGACAUGGACGUGGACGUGGACGUGGACGUGGACAUGGACGUGGACGUGGACAUGGACGUGGACGUGGACGUGGACAUGGACGUGGACAUGGACGUGGACAUGGACGUGGACGUGGACAUGGACGUGGACGUGGACAUGGACGUGGACGUGGACGUGGACGUGGACGUGGACGUGGACAUGGACGUGGACAUGGACGUGGACUUGGACGUGGACGUGGACUUGCACGUGGACGUGGACAUGGACAAGGACGUAGAAAUGGACGUGGACGUGGACGUGCACAUGGACGUGGACGUGGACGUGGACAUGGACGUGGACGUGGACAUGGACGUGGACGUAGAAAUGGACGUGAACGUGGACGUGGACAUGGACGUGGACGUAGACGUGGACGUGGACGUGGACGUGGCCGUCGAGGUGGAGGCAGACGUGGACGUGGACGUGGACGUGGACGUGGACAUGGACGUGGACAUGGACGUGGACGUGGACGUGGACGUAGAAAUGGACGUGGACGUGGACGUGGACGUGGACAUGGACGUGGACAUAGACAUGGACGUGGACGUGGUCGUAGAAAUGGACGUGGACGUGGACAUGGACAUGGACGUGGACGUAGACGUGGACGUGGACGUAGAAAUGGACGUGGACGUGGACGUGGACGUGGACAUGGACAUGGACGUGGACGUGGACGUGGACAUGGACGUGGACAUGGACGUGGACGUGGACGUGGACGUAGACGUUGACGUGGACAUGGACGUGGACUUGGACAUGGACGUGGACAUGGACGUGGACAUGGAUGUGGACGUGGACGUGGACGUGGACGUGUACAUGGACGUGGACGUGGACGUGGACAUGGACGUGGACGUGGACGUGGACAUGGACGUGGACAUGGACGUGGAUAUGGACGUGGACGUGGACAUGGACGUGGACAUGGACGUGGACGUGGACGUGGACGUGGACGUGGACGUGGACAUGGACGUGGACAUGGACGUGGACUUGGACGUGGACGUGGACAUGGACGUGGACGUGGACAUGGACGUAGACGUGGACGUGGACGUGGACAUGGACGUGGACGCGGACGUGGACGUGGACAUGGACAUGGACGUGAACGUGGACAUGGACGUGGACGUGGACAUGGACGUGGACGUGGACAUGGACGUGGACGUGGACAUGGACGUAGACGUGGACGUGGACGUGGACGUGGACGUGGACGUGGACGUAGACGUGGACGUGGACGUGGACGUGGACAUGGACGUGGACGUAGACGUGGACGUGGACAUGGACGUGGACGUGGACCUGGACGUGGACGUGGACGUGGACGUGGACAUGGACGUAGACAUGGACGUGGACGUGGACGUGGACCUGGACGUGGACGUGGACGUGGACGUGGACGUGGACGUGGACAUGGACGUGGACGUGGACGUGGACAUCGACGUCGACGUGGACGUGGACGUGGACGUGGACGUGGACAUGGACGUGGACGUCGACGUGGACAUGGACGUGGACGUGGACGUGGACGUGGACAUGGACGUGGACGUGGACGUGGACGUAGAAAUGGACGUGGACGUGGACGUGGACAUGGACGUGGACGUGGACGUGGACGUAGAAAUGGACGUGGACGUGGACGUGGACGUGGACGUGGACGUGGACAUGGACGUGGACGUGGACGUGGACGUGGACGUGGACAUGGACGUGGACGUGGACGUGGAUGUGGACGUGGACGUGGACGUAGUUAUGGACGUGGACGUGGACGUGGACAUGGACGUGGACAUCGACGUGGACAUGGACAUGGACAUGGACGUGGACAUGGACAUGGACAUGGACAUGGACGUGGACGUGGACAUGAACGUGGACGUGGACGUGGACGUAGAAAUGGACGUGGACGUGGAUGUAGAAAUGGACGUGGACGUGGACGUGGAAGUGGAUAUGGACGUGGACGUGGACAUAGACGUGGACGUGGACGAGGACAUGGACGUGGACGUGGACGUAGACGUGGACGUGGACGUGGACGUGGACAUGGACGUGGACGUGGACGUGGACGUGGACGUGGACAUGGACGUGGACGUGGACGUGGAUGUGGACGUGGACGUGGACGUAGUUAUGGACGUGGACGUGGACGUGGACGUGGACGUGGACAUGGACGUGGACAUGGACGUGGACAUGGACAUGGACAUGGACGUGGACGUGGACGUGGACGUAGACGUGGACGUGGGCAUGGACGUGGAUUUGAACCAGGACGUGGACAUGGACGUGGACAUGGAGGUAGACGUGGACGUGGACAUGGACGUGGACUUGGACGUGGACGUGGACAUGGACGUGGACAUGGACGUAGACGUGGACGUGGACGUGGACAUGGACGUGGACGUGGACGUGGACGUGGACAUGGACGUGGACGUGGACAUGGACGUGGACGUGGACGUGGACAUGGACGUGGACAUGGACGUGGACAUGGACGUGGACGUGGACAUGGACGUGGACGUGGACAUGGACGUGGACGUGGACGUGGACGUGGACGUGGACGUGGACAUGGACGUGGACAUGGACGUGGACUUGGACGUGGACGUGGACUUGCACGUGGACGUGGACAUGGACAAGGACGUAGAAAUGGACGUGGACGUGGACGUGCACAUGGACGUGGACGUGGACGUGGACAUGGACGUGGACGUGGACAUGGACGUGGACGUAGAAAUGGACGUGAACAUGGACGUGGACAUGGACGUGGACGUAGACGUGGACGUGGACGUGGACGUAGACGUGGACGUAGACGUGGACGUGGACGUGGACAUGGACGUGGACAUGGACGUGGACGUGGACGUGGACGUAGAAAUGGACGUGGACGUGGACGUGGACGUGGACAUGGACGUGGACAUAGACAUGGACGUGGACGUGGUCGUAGAAAUGGACGUGGACGUGGACGUGGACAUGGACGUGGACGUAGACGUGGACGUGGACGUAGAAAUGGACGUGGACGUGGACGUGGACGUGGACAUGGACAUGGACGUGGACGUGGACGUGGACAUGGACGUGGACAUGGACGUGGACGUGGACGUGGACGUAGACGUGGACGUGGACAUGGACGUGGACUUGGACAUGGACGUGGACAUGGACGUGGACAUGGAUGUGGACGUGGACGUGGACGUGGACGUGUACAUGGACGUGGACGUGGACGUGGACAUGGACGUGGACGUGGACGUGGACAUGGACGUGGACAUGGACGUGGAUAUGGACGUGGACGUGGACAUGGACGUGGACGUGGACAUGGACGUGGACGUGGACGUGGACGUGGACGUGGACAUGGACGUGGACAUGGACGUGGACUUGGACGUGGACGUGGACAUGGACGUGGACGUGGACAUGGACGUAGACGUGGACGUGGACGUGGACAUGGACGUGGACGCGGACGUGGACGUGGACAUGGACGUGGACGUGAACGUGGACAUGGACGUGGACGUGGACAUGGACGUGGACGUGGACAUGGACGUGGACGUGGACAUGGACGUAGACGUGGACGUGGACGUGGACGUGGACGUGGACGUAGACGUGGACGUGGACGUGGACGUGGACAUGGACGUGGACGUAGACGUGGACGUGGACAUGGACGUGGACGUGGACCUGGACGUGGACGUGGACGUGGACGUGGACAUGGACGUAGACAUGGACGUGGACGUGGACGUGGACCUGGACGUGGACGUGGACGUAGACGUGGACGUGGACGUGGACAUGGACGUGGACGUGGACGUGGACGUGGACGUCGACGUGGACGUGGACGUGGACGUGGACGUGGACAUGGACGUGGACGUCGACGUGGACAUGGACGUGGACGUGGACGUGGACGUGGACAUGGACGUGGACGUGGACGUGGACGUAGAAAUGGACGUGGACGUGGACGUGGACAUGGACGUGGACGUGGACGUGACGUAG